UGUUUGAACGAGAUUGGCCUGAAAAUGGCUUCUCGUAGCCAUGUGGAUGUGAACGAAAGGCGACUCAGACCUAUUUAUGAUUGUCUUGAUAAUGGAAACAACAAAAAGGCUGUACAGGAAGCUGACAAGGUGUUAAAGAAACAGAAAGAUCUCCAAUGUGCUAAAAUUUUAAAAGCACUUGCUCUGUUGAGACUUGGAAGGCAUGAUGACAGUUCUAACUUACUGGAUGAAGUCCAUGCCCAGCAUCCUGUUGAUGAGGCCACACUACAGGCCAUGUGUAUCUGUUACAGAGAAACAUAUAAAUUGGAGGCAAUAGUUGAUAUGUAUGAAAAUGCCCACAAGCUAAAGCCAGACAAUGAAGAGAUACUGUCCGCAUUAUUUAUGGCAUAUGUCAGAAUGGGUAACUACAAGAAACAACAACAGACAGCCAUGUCCUUACACAGACUUCAGCCACAGAAAAAUCCUUACUAUUUCUGGGCCAUUAUGAGUAUUGUCAUGCAGAGUCACACUGAUAAGCGGCUUGCUGCCACAAUGUUUUUACCAUUGGCAGAUAGAAUGACAAAGAAAUAUGUAGAGGAGGGGAAAAUUAAUGCGGAAGCAGAGGUACAGCUUUAUCUGAUUAUACUUGAGUUGAUGGGGAAGUAUGAAGAGACAUUAAAUUUGUUAAAAGGUCCUCUUGGAGAAAAGCUGACUAGUGAAUUACUUUACCAAGAAACAAGAGAAGCUGAAUUAUAUACAAUGUUAGAACGAUGGCCUGAAGCUAAUGCAGCCUAUAAACGACUGAUCAAAGAAUAUCCUGACCAUUGGAUAAAUUGGCAGAACUAUAUUUCAUCAUGUAUAAAAUUAGAAUCAACUGAUUGGACACCAUUGGAAAAUGACGACAGCUAUUCAGAAGUUCACUACACAUCAGAAAUGGCUUUGACUUUCAUACAGGAGAUUUUAACAUGGCAGGCUGACAACCGAUUAUUACGAGGACCAUAUUUAGCCAGAUUAGAAUUAAUCAAAGUGUUGAGACAGACUGGUAGUAAUAAAUCUAUAUCAGUAUCCCCCUUGCCAUUGAUGAUAGAAUAUUAUGAAUUAUUUGGAGAUAAGUUUUGUUGUGUAGAAGAUCUGACAAUUUUCACAGAUUUACUCAGUGAGCAAGAAGGACAACAGCUGAUUGAUACCUUGUCAGAAACAUUAGAUAUGUGUAAAACUUGUGAUAUCACUUUUGCUUCAAAUGUGAAACAGAUGCAGAGACAUGUUACGAUAUGUAAACUAAAGAGACAUCUGGGUAUCUUUCAUCGACAACCUAUAGAACAUAGAUUAGUAUUAACCAAAGAAUUUUUAUCUAGGCACCAACAUGGUUUAGAUUUUGGUAAAGAUUUAUUAGCCACAGACGUACAGUUUAGUGAUAGUUAUUUAUUGUUAGCUGUUCAUUUACUUGUUGAUAUAUGGGAAGAAACAGAGGAUACAAAGUAUUUAUGGCAGGGUAUAGUGCAAUUAGAGAAAGGAAUGAAGAAAAGUAUCUCAAACUUUCAAAUCAAAGUACUACUUAUGAGAUUAUACUGCAUCAUGGGUGUAUAUGGACCAUGUCACACGCUUUAUGAAAGUUUAGAGGUCAAACAUAUCAUGAAUGAUACAUUAGGUCAUACAAUAUUUAAUCACAUUGGUCGGCUGGGUCAUUUUAUGGCAGCUUGUGCAACGUAUGGAUCCAUGUUGAAAUUUUUUGCUGUUAAUCACAAAGAGACUGCAGAGUAUCUUAUAGCAUCCUACAAGUACGGCUCCUUUAACAAGAUAAAUGAGUUUGUAAAAUUCCGUAACCGAUUACAGAACUCCAUACAAUAUAUAAGUGCUCAAGUAGAAAGUAUGUUACUGGACAUGGGGAUGGAAACGGCAAAACACCAGAAAACAGAAUUGAUGGUGUCAUACAUGGCACUAGCUCCUGACAAAGAAAGGACACCAUAUGAAGAUCUGUGUGACAACAGGGAUUUAUCUUUGAUGAGAGCAUGGGCGUGUCCAGUCAAGUGUAACAUCAAAGAAGCUGAAGAGUAUUCAUUUAAAGAAGAGAAAGCCUGGAUUCAAGUUCGGGAUUUAAGUUUAAGAAUUCUUGGUGCAUGUGUAAUUUUAGGACAGCAUUCUGUUGGAAAUAUAAACAAUAGAAAUGGGGUUGACCAUGAAAAGGUCAGACCCAUGAAUGAAGUGUUAGAAGAUCUAAUCAAACAAUUUAAGGAUCAUUUAACGAAUAUUCAGGAUUUUUCAAAACCAUACAAGUAUCCUACACAAGGACCUUAUCCUACAAAAUUAUCCUGUUAUUUAAGUGAUAACCACAGUCAAAUCUUCACACAGAUGGUAGACACUGUUGUUUAUGUGUACAAACUUCAGGAGGAAGGCUUUGAUAGCAAAGAUGGUGAACAAGAAGAGAAACUGAAAUCCUGUGUUCCUAACAUAUUAGAAGGCUUAUUAUCCAAACAUAGAUGUAGUUUAGUCCAGUCAGAUAACGACAAAAAAUGUGUAAAUCCCAAAGUUUUAGAAAAUCUUGUAUUCUUAGCAGAGACGUUAUCACAUGUAGUGAUAUUAACUGGUGUUUGCCAUAGAAUAUUAAAACCAUUGAAGUCUUCAUUCAAUAAGAAGAGUAAGAAGAAGAAAGAUGCUGCACCAGUAGCUAUGCCAAGUAUAUUUGAGAACUAUAAUCACCAUCUUACUUCUUUGGAGACAGUAGCAAAAGAUCUUCAUCAAGCUGUCCUAGAUAUUGACCCUGUAUUUUUAUCCAUUGAUCUCUCAAACCUAAGUUUAACAGAACCACUUACUGUUGAUGAGGAAGAUGCUGCUAUAGAAAAAGAUAUGUGGAAGAAAGUAGAGAAAAGUUACCAAGUAUCAGCAUGGGAAGUGACUGAAUUUCUACACAACAAAAUGCAGUAUUUAAAUGACCUCAAAUUGUGAUAUAUUUUAAUUUGUAUUCUGUGUAUACUUGUACUUAUUAUUUAUAUGGCUGCUGAAAGCAAUAGGUUUAUUUUAAAAAAAAGAUAUGCAUGCAAAAGAACAAAUUGAUCAUUAUUUAAAAAAAACAGGACAAUAUGUCGUAGAGUUUGAAAAAUAAUAGGUAACAGUUAGCACAGAUGUAAUGCUUGCAUGUGAGUGAAUGACAGUAAACACUAUCUUCCCAGUCAUGUCCAUUCUGGAAAUGGUCCUACUUUACUUGUUCCUGUAUCAGGUCAGUUGCAAGAGAAACAAUUGAGUUCUUGUACAUGCUUCAUAAUUUGACCUUGAAUGAAAAUUAGUUGUUCUGUUGCUUAAAUCGUUAGUGUCUUAUUUUAAUUUUGAUCUACUUCAAUUUAGAUAUAUACUUAACUAUGUCUGCUCUCAUUGACCAAAUAACAUUUAACACUAGUGACCUUUGAACCAUUUCCAGAAUUGAUAUGAAAGAAUGUGUUUUGUACAACAACAGAAAUUACUUAAGUUGAAUACAAUUUUUAUUUGGAAUUGUGUUUUCAGGGUAUGAAUAUAUGUAUUGUAAAUUGAAUGUUAAAUUUAGACUUAAUUUUCUCUUAUGAAUAUGUGAAGAGAAAACAUAACAAGUUGCUUCAGGUAUCAGGAAUACUGUUCUAUUUAUACAAAUCGUCCUUAUAGAAAUGUUUGUCAGUAUGGUAUACAUGUAAUGAACAAAUGUGAAAAUGCAUUGGCCCCCACUUGAGGGUGAUUGCUCCUCUGUUUCAAAAUAACAAGCUUUUUAAAAGACUUUUUAAAGUUGAUAGUAUAUAAAAACGCAACAAAAGAGCUGAAAAGAAUGAAGGUGAUUGAUAUUUGAGAUAUAAGCUAUUGAAAAUUUGGCAGAAAAGGAUUUUUUCUAGAUUUUUCAUUCCUUUAACAUUGGCACUUGUUUCCUUUCCAAAACUAUAGCAAAAUAACAAGGAUUUUAUGAAAUUACCACAUAUGGCUUUAUAAACUAUAUGUUAUAAAGUUGUGGAAAGAAAAGUAAGAGUUCGCUGAUAAGAAAAAUUUAUGGCAAUACAUGGGUUAAACCAGAGCAUUCCAAAUAUCUGACAAAAACAAGAUCAACAAACAUCCUAAAGGAGAAUUGCAACUCGCAUAUUCACCUUUUAGAAGUAUUUUGUAACCCCUCAAACCUUUUCAUAGGCAAUUGUAGCCUUAUUUACAGGCUUGCAAUUUUUUGGGGAUUUUUAAAGAUGAAUGUUGAUGAAUAUUUUGGUUAAUUUUCAAAACCAAAGGUGAUUUGAAAGUUUAUUGGAUAAUUUUUAAAAAUCACACUUUCUUAUCCUUUCAAAUCUUUAGGCUUUGACAAAAUGUUUAUAAAAGGUUUUUAAUCAACUAUAUAAUUAUAUAGAUGGAGUUAAGGAUAUUUUCUAACCCUGAUAGAUCUUUAUGGAUUUUUAUAUAAAAAUAAUAUGCAAGUUUUAUAUUAACAGUAUCUAAUUCAGUUUAAUGUAUAAUAAAUGGUUGCUUUUUAAUAAAAACUAAAAGAUCUGUACUAUAAUUAUAUGUAUAUGUUCCAUUUGUUGUAGCCACAAUCUUGUCAUCCUUUUUCAAUUCAAUUGAUUCAUAAAAUACAACUUGUCAACAUUAUUGUACAUGUCAUUUCCCAUAUGAAGGGUUCCUACCACUGGUAGAAGAGGAUCUGCCUACCUAUUCCGAUGCACCUGAUUUAACGUUAGUUUAUAUGGGCUCAUGUUGCGCAAUAUUGAGUAUUUUCUUUGUUUUUGUACUAAUUGUCAACUCUUGUUUUUCGUUUAGUUUUUAGCAAUGUUGUUGUUUGUACUCUUAUGACCUAUUGUAAUUGCAUCCUUGGUACCUUUUACAAAUUUUUUUUUAUAAAGAAACCUAUUGUGGAAGGAAUGGCAGCAAAGUUGUUAUUUUAGCUCAGUAGUCAGGGCUUUGGUACUGACAUGGUUUAUAACUUUUCUUAAAUAUCCUGUAAAUCAAUAAAGAAAGAUUCCAAAUCUCUCAGGCAAAAGUUGACUUCUGAUAAAUUUUGCUAUACUUUUUUUUUUGUCACUUUUAGUCCUGAGGCAGUAGUGGACUUCGAGUGGAAAUCUUGGAAUUUUCUUGUUAUAAAGAUUUAUAUACCAAGUUUUAUUUAUUGAAAAGUGCUAUUUAUACAGAAUUUCUUCUUCCAAAUGACCUGUUCAUAUUUGUUUGUAAUGGUUUCAUAUAUUUAAGAGUUUACCAGGAUAUUUAUAAGGUUUGUAAUAAAACACCCUUUUUGCCCAUUUAGUCCACCCUAUGGAGUGAACAUUUGAGUUUUAUUUUUUAUCAUGUUGAGUGUAUGAUAACUGUGGUGUUAACAUGUAUUUACAUGUAGCCUUUGUUCAGAAUUCCAGUGGAUAGGAUACAUUGGAUGGUAGGAAAGCUAAUUCCACCUUAGUUGUAGCCAACAUCUUUGUCAUUUAAAGGAAUUUAUUGCAUUUUAUGAUUUUCUGUUGUUCUUAAUGCUAAAGAUGAGCUUGGUCAUGCAGAAAACAGUCAAAAUUGAGUUUUAUGCCCCCGCCGCGUCGGAGAGGGCUUUAAGUGUAACCCUUGUCUGUAUGUUCAUCCCGAUAUUAGUUUCCGUUCUCUAACUCCAGUUUGCCUCAACCAAAAGUUAUGAAACUUAUACAUAAUGCUUAUUACCACAAAAUACAGAUCAAAUUUUAAUUUGGGUGGCAUCACUUCUACUGUUCUUGAGUUAUGCCCCUUUAUAUAUAUAAAAUCACAAAAUUUCAGAAGUCUGUUCAUUACUUUUUUUUAUGUCUGAACCAAAUGCUAUACAUAAUUUACCUAUUCAACCCAUAUUUAGUUCAUUUUGAGAAUUAUCACAGUUUUUAUUCCUGAGUUUUAGUUGGAAGUCAAACAUCUAUGACCUUUAUGCUACUGCUUUGUUAUUGAAGAAGAACUGAUCAGUGUCACAGCUGUUUGCAAUGUUUAUUUAUAGUUGCAUUGUGAAGACAUUUUUUUUUUCGACAUAUAUUGCAUGUAAAGACAAGCAUGUUAUUGAUUAGAUAUGUUGCAUAAUAUUAUUUAUUUUAGCAAGAGUGAAUCUAGAGAAAACUGGGGGGUCUUACCAGUAGGAACAUGAACUACAGAUUUUAAAGUCGAUAAAGAUCAAUGUUCCUGUAAUUAAGGAAUGAACUCACCAAAAUUAUCCUCAGGUGUUAACCCCAAUCUCCAACUUUCCAAAAAUUGCUGGGAUACAACUGUUUAGAGGUUUUCAAGCUGCAUGUCAAGUUUUUUCUUCAUAACUCACAUCAAACAUGCCUUUUCAUACACGAAGUAAUAAUAAACUGUAAUGUUACAACUGAUCAUCCAGAUCUAUAUCCUUGAUAUGUGUGCUUAUUGUUUUGAUGAACAAGUUUUUGUACAGUUUACAUUAUAAUUCUAUACUUGUAUAUUGUAAAUUUUGUACAUUGUUUUCAUAAUGGAGAUAAAAAACGGAAAUGAAAGUAUCAAA